CCCGGCCCCGGCGGGGCGGAGCGAGGCGGAGCGAGGCGGCCCCGGCGGCUCCCGGCCCCUCGCCCGCCGCGCCGAGCGAGCGAGGCUCUUCCGGGCAGCGGGGCCAGAGCGGCGCGGGGCCGGGGCCGGGGAUUGCGUGACAGCAGCACCGAUUCCAGGCCUGCAAGAGACAAGGCUCCCUGCUGCAGGAUCAUCACUUCCAGGGGAGGAAAUUGCCAGAUAACUCCAAGAGCUUUUGAAGAUGGCACCAUCUCUCCCAUUAAAUAUUAAUAUCAAGGAGCCUCGAUGGGAUCAAAGCACUUUUGCUGGACGAGCCAAUCACUUCUUCACUGUCACAGACCCCAGGAAUAUUUUGUUAUCCAAUGCCACACUGGAAAAGGCAAAAAAAAUUGUGCAUGAUUACAGACAAGGUAUUGUGGCACCUGGCUUGACAGAAGAUGAGCUGUGGAGAGCAAAAUACAUUUAUGAUUCAGCCUUUCACCCCGACACUGGGGAGAAGAUGUUCGUGAUCGGCCGAAUGUCUGCCCAGGUGCCCAUGAACAUGACUAUCACAGGCUGCAUGAUGACCUUCUACAGAACGACACCAGCGGUGCUUUUCUGGCAGUGGAUCAACCAGUCCUUCAAUGCUAUAGUGAACUACACCAACAGGAGUGGGGAUGCCCCCAUCUCUGUCAGCCAGCUGGGAACUGCCUAUGUUUCUGCCACCACAGGUGCUGUCGCUACAGCCUUAGGACUUAAUUCCCUAGCUAAGCGCGUCUCGCCUCUCGUAGGGAGGUUUGUUCCUUUUGCUGCUGUUGCUGCUGCCAACUGCAUCAAUAUUCCACUAAUGAGACAAAGGGAAAUCAAGUUUGGAAUUCCUGUCACGGAUGAGAAUGGAAAAAGAGUGGGUGAGUCAUCCAAAGCAGCUCAGCAGGCAAUUGCCCAGGUGGUGAUAUCCAGGAUCCUGAUGGCUGCUCCUGGCAUGGCAAUUCCUCCAUUCAUAAUGAAUACCCUGGAAAAGAAAGCCUUUUUAAAGAAAUUUCCUUGGAUGAACGCUCCCGUUCAGGUUGGAAUAGUUGGAUUCUGUCUCGUGUUUGCAACUCCCCUGUGUUGUGCACUGUUUCCUCAGAAAAGUUCCAUGGCGGUGUCACGCUUGGAGCCAGAUUUGCGAGCCAAGAUCCAAGCCAGCCACCGUGGCCUAGACCGUGUAUACUUCAAUAAAGGAUUAUAAUUCAAGGAAGGCAAAGUAUCUUUCAAGGAGGAACUUACGAACUUAUUUUUUUGAAUUGUGUGCCAACAUAGACAAGAACACCUUUAUCUUGUUCUUUUGUUAAACAGGUUGAUCAUCUGCGUUAUUUUACAGUUGAAGACUUUCCUCAGUAUAGUGUUUAAAUCACAUAAGGUCACUUUGUCCACUUUGGUAUUGUUUGAAAGUUUAAACAUACAUAUCCAGAGAUGUUUACAUAAGUCUCAAGCAGCUACAAUAACAAUAAAGAAGCGCACAAUGAAAACCAGAUGCUAUUAUAUUGGAUUUGCCACCUGUUCCAGUAACAGCGGGGUAGGGACCUCCUUUUCAAAAGUCAUAGAGCAACUGAACGGAGUUGCCAGCCUCUGGUAGCCGCAGGACGGGUGGCUGAACGUGUCAGGAUGUUGUGCAGGAAGGGCUUUUUGCCAGGAGGCUGAUUGGGCUGCAGGUUCUCCCUGUUGGCACAGAAGCGUUUCUUGAGGGCGGAGGUGGGCGGCGCCUGCAGCCUCUGCACCGUGUGGUACUGCUCAGCAAUGCAGGCCGCCUUCUUGCGCAGGUCCAGCUUCACCAGCACCAUGUUGUUCUGCAGCUCUGCCAGGGUCUGGUCCUGAAAACAAGAUACAAAUAUAUUUUUAAAAUAUCAAAAUAAAAGCCCAUAGAAAUAAAAGCCCAUUCCGAGUUGGAGCAGAUCUUAA